GGUGUCAGAGUUGACUGGCAUCGCUGUCAUGUCUUUGUUGCCUCGGAAAGCGCAGCUAUGGUGUGAACAUUAGUGUGAAACAGAUGGAAAAAAUAUAGUUUUUUCCAACAGAAGAUACUAAUCCAACUCGGUACAACAACAGGUUCGUUUACAUUCAUGUUCUGUGGUAAAUUACGUUCAGUAUCUUUGUGGAGGAAUCUCAGGGGAAGCGGAACCAUUCAUCCAAGCUAAGUUAGCUUAGCAUUAGCUGCACUUGUGGCACUAUUAUGCUGGACUGUACACGAGUCUGUACGUGGUUUUUACUCUAUUAUAAGGCAUUUCUGAUUGUUUUAAACUUUUAUUUAACGCUAGUGUACUGUAAAAUAUAGAAAACAUAAUAACUGAAGAGCUGUGUUUUAGUUUGGAAGAAAAUAACCCGCAGAUAAAGUCCAAUAAAUGAAGAUAUUCUACAUUUAUAUGAAUAAAUUCGAGUUUUAUUAAGUUUUUUUCGAUGUGUAAUCUCCCAUUAAGUUCACUUUUGUCGCCAUCUCCUCCUCAGUUUGUCAACAAAGCCCUGCCACAUGCAUUCAGUUUCAUUCACUGCCUAACAGACUCCUCUUACUGCUGCUAAAAUGACCUCUGUCCAUCAUUCAUUAUUUAUAAAGUCAAACCAGCCUAAAGAUGGAGGAAAAGCUGAACGGAUCUUUCCCUGUUGUCUCCCCGGAGUAUCUUCAUCAGUGGUGAGUCUUCAUCCUCACCAUCAAUGUGGCCAAAGAGGAGGAGGAGGAGAAAGAUUAGAGCAGCAGAACCUCUGGAUGGCAAUGUGUGAUGAAAAUGAAAUGAAAGCAUGUGCGCCCACUUUCCCUCUUUGCUUUUGUUUUCAUCAUUGUGAGUUAAAGGGAUAUACCGGCGUAAAAUUAACUUAGGGUCAAACACCGAGUUAGACACCCUCUCAAAAGAGAUGAAUGUUGCCGACCGCUUGCUUCUCUAAAUAUACCAACUUUAGUAAAGACCGCACCAUAGCAAUACAGAGAAUCACACGCUCAACCAAAACGCCACUCUAUAGCCACAAAUAAUGCUCAGAACAGCACCUAACUUCAUCAACAGGACAUAUAGGGUCACAGACAUAGUACUAGCCACCAAACAUCCUUUUAACUUUGCCUUAAAGAGACUAAACACAACUCACCUACUCUCUUCCAGCAGCCGUUUGUUUGUAGCGAGACCUCAGGCCAGUCCACUAUGGAAUACAGAGGGGUGACGCAGCUCAAGGAAGAACAUUUAUUCAUAUGGUGAUGAUUAUCUCAAGGAAAUGAUAAAGAAAUGAUCAUAAAUGUUCAUCCUUGAGCUGCGUCACCCCGCUGUAGUCCGUAAUGGACUGGCCUGAGGUCUCUGUACAAACAAGCGGCUGCUGGAAGAGAGUAGGUGAGUUGUGUUUAGUCUCUUUAAGGCAAAGUUAAAAAGAUGUUUGGUGUCUAGUACUAUGGCUGUGACCCUAUAUGUCCUGUUGAUGAAGUUAGGUGCUGUUCUGAGCAUUAUUUGUGGUUAUAGAGUGGUGUUUUGGUUGAGCGCAUGGCUCUCUGUAAUGCUAUCCUGCGGUCGUUUCUAAAGAUGGUAUAACUAAAAGGCAAGCGGUCAGCAACAUUCAUCUCUUGAGGGGUUGUCUAACUCAGUGUUAAGAUGUGUUUGACCCUAAACUGAUUUUACGCCGGAAUAUCCCUUUAAACAUGUCCUUUGAUUUUGGCACCAUGAUUGGUAACUCUCAUUAUUGUGUAUACUGUUGUGUAAAAUGUGUUGCCUUUGCUCUGAAAUAACAGGAUAACUUUCUCAGUUGGUGUUAAACAUGGAGUUUGCAUUUUGCCAGCAUUGAUUUGUUUUUAUUUCUUCAGGCAUUUUUCCAGAAUCUACAGACAGACAUUUUCCUGUGCAGUGGAUGAAGCUAAAACUCGAUUUCAUGCCUUAUUUAUUGUCAUGUGCUGAGAUUGUCACAUGAGUAAAAUGAGAGCCCAAGACAUUUUCUGCGAAGUGGUUGAAACAUUAUAAAAGACUAUAGAUGGAGAAUAAAGAGCAUUAUGUUGAUGUAGAUGCACGGACUUGAUCAAAUGUUGCAUCUAAUAAACUGAAAAGAAGAUAAAUCAAACUCAAAAGGAUUUGCUCUCAAAAUAGGUGUACGUGUACAAUAUAUGAAGUCUAAAAUCCAGUCAGAAUGGAACUCAGGGCUGAUGAAACCAUGUGUGAAAUAACAGUUCAACAGAUACUGUUUCUUUUGUACUACGAUUAUAUUUAGCAUCUGUUUUUAAAUGAGCAUUGCGAUUUAGUAACUUUAAAUAAUCUAUAGUUUCCUCUUAAAAUGUCUCUGGGACAUAAACUACAGAUGACACGUCGCUGAUAUUUCUCAGUGAUCAUUAAAUACCUUCACACACUUUCUUUUAAGUUUGAUCUUAAACAUAAACCAGAGAUUAUAAACCAGGGAGGGUCUGAAGUAUUUAGUUCACUGUUGUCGGUGUAGGAUAUCACAAAAAAUCAUUUUCAACUGAGUCAGCUGUCUUAAUAAUAUUUGCUCUAAGUUAGAUUAAUGCAACAAACCGACUUAUAACUCAUCUAAAAACCUAAAUAUAAGGUGUUAUGAAAGAACCAGUUCUUCGUCAGGCCUGAUCGACACAAACAGUCGUAGAAAAAGGAGCAUCAGCUGCGUUUGUUUGUAAAAAGAAGACACGAACCAACAGUCACACUCGGUCAAAUACUGAAGUUAUGAAAACAAAAACUUUCUUUUACACUCUUCCUCCUCUGCAGGGUUCAGUCUGCGCAGCAGUUUCAGGCUCUCCAGGCUCAAUAUUCAAGCUUCAACCCCAACCAUCAGUUUCCCCACCCAGAGGGGAAGGUGGAGGAGGCAGCCAGGGGAUACAUGGCUAAUCCAGAACCCAUGAUGGAUCAGCUGGAGCCUGCAAACCUGGCUAAACGUACGACAAUCCAUCUUCACUAAACUGUAGUUAGAGCUGCUGUUGGUCAGUCAGGUCUGUUCAUUGGUCCCUGAGUGAGAAGAUGGAGACCGUGAAUCUGAAUAACCUAUCUGAACUUCUCUUGUAGCCCCGCCCAAAAAAAGAGGCAGACCAGCUCAACCCAAGGAGCCCAAGGAACCUAAACCACCAAAAGUCCCCAAACCACCAAAAGUCCCCAAAGCACCAAAGCCGCCAAAGGACCCAAAUGCACCCAAAGGUAAACCCGGUCCUAAACCGAAGAAGGGGGCUGAAGCUCAGGCUGACGGGAAGCAGGAGAAGAUCGACGAGAGCUUCAAGAAGGUGAAGAGGAAAGUGGACCGCUUCAAGGGGAUGUCAGAGGAAGAGGUCAUGAAGAAAACUCUGCCAGACCUGCUGGAUUACAACCUGGAUUAUGUCAUUGUAAGAGUUCUUUUUUAAGGGUUUACUUUAGAGGUGUAAAUCUGAGUUUGUGCUCUUCUCAAACAUGCUGUGUUUUUUCACAGAUCGGUAUCAAUCCAGGACUGAUGGCAGCUUUUAUUGGACGCUGGUUUCCUGGUCCUGGAAAUCAUUUCUGUAAGUUCUUAGAAAUUUAUGGCCACCUCUUUUUUCAUGUUGUAUUCAGAUUUUAAGCAUUUCUGCCUCCAUCGUCUCGGUCUCUAAACUGGAGUUUAAGUCAGAGCUGGGACUCUUUUAACACAGUACACAGAGACGUCUGUUUCAGUCCUUAAAGGUGAUGAAUGACGGUUAAACAUCUGAAUUCCAGGGAAGUGCCUGUUUCUGUCUGGAUUCACUGAGGAGCAGCUGAACCACAUGCAUGACACCACCCUGCCUGUCAAGUACAAGAUGGGCUUCACCAACAUGGUGGCGAGGGCGACACCAGGGAGUAAAGACCUCUCCAGGUAGGCCAGUCUGCAGACAGAGACUCAUGUCCUCUCUGAGAAGUUUUUGUUUUUCUGUGACUCAUCUUUUUGAUUUCGUCUCGACAGUAAAGAGCUGCGUGAAGGCGGCAAAAUUCUGGUCGAGAAGCUGAAGAAGUACAAGCCGCUGAUCGCAGUUUUCAACGGGAAAUGUAAGAACUCCUCCUCUGACUUAUCAGCACAUGUAAAGUUAGAAUUAUAACAGAGUAAUGUUUUUAUUUCCCUCCGUCUUCCACCAGGUAUCUAUGAAAUGUUCUGCAGAGAGCUGUUUGGGAAAAAACCAACAAAACUGGAAUUCGGUUUGCAGCCUCACAAGAUCCCCGACUGCGAUGUGGUAAAGAACAUCAUUAUGGAUUCUUAAAUACUGAUGAAAAAUAUGGAUACGUCUUAUUGUUUAUCAUAUUGUAAGUUUAAUAACAAACCAAAAUAACAGCUAUACGAAAAAAAUCUAAACUCUGGAGAAAUCAAGUUGUAUAUAGCAGGUUUAGGGUUAGGGUUCCUCCCCUCAUAGAUCUUAAGUCUGGCUCCAUCCCUGGGUCACAUGGUGGAUGUCUUCUCCACUGUAUUUCUCCUAAACUGUCAAACAAACGCCUCAAAAGUGAAUCUGAACUUUCCAGGCUCUGUACCUGAUGCCAUCGUCCAGCGCUCGCUGUGCUCAGUUCCCUCGCGCUCAGGAUAAAGUUCACUUCUACAUCAAACUGAGGGAGCUCAGAGAUCAGCUGAAGGGCGUCCAGAGAAGCACAGAGAUCGAGGAGGUGCAGUACAGCUUUGACCUGCAUCUGGCCAAGGGUGAGUCCAGGGUUUUACUACUUAGAGUUAAAGAAACAGAGCUCAAACUAAUCCAAGUCUAAAGACAGAAUUUCUCUGGAUCCAUCAUGUCUUCAUUUCUGGUUUUUACUUCGACAGAGGACGCCAAGAGGAUGGCGAUAAAGGAGGAGCAGUACGAUCCUGGUUAUGAAGACGCCUAUGGUGGAGCGUACGCAGAGAGAGGAGCUGAGGGGGCUGAGGGCCAAACAAACGGUCACUGUACGUUCUCAACGGGAGAAAACAGAGGUGACAAACAUUCAAACUAUUUUACUUUAUUAAAUCUAUUUGAAGUUUUGGGAUUUAAUGCAGAAUAGUGGCGUGAUUUGAGAAGUUGGUGUGUCUGAAUAAAGUUUAUUUAGCUGAAGUGCAGAAGUGUUACUGACUAAAAAGACACAAGUUUCUGCAACCAGAGUGUUUACACUCAGCUUUAUUCAUUCAUUCAUUCAUUCAUUCAUGUUUAUUUAUUUCAUUUCAUUCAUGAUACAUGAUAUAAUACAUUUCACUCAUCCUUUUUUUUUUAUUUUAGUUUUUUUUUUUUUUUUUUUUUUUUUUUUAUCAUGUGAAAUGAAAAGGAGCAGACAGAAGACAAGUCUUAUGUACAACUGCCCCUUCACUACAACACAUUUAUCUAUAUCAACCAGCCAGCAAUUGAUCAAAAUAUUAUAUAGUUAAGGUCCAGAAAAUACCACAAACAAACUCCUAAUGAUAAUGUGCUCUUUGUGGAUGUCUACUUCUUCAGUUUCACAGUCACCUGGGCCAAAAUGCAUCCAGAGAUUCAGCAGACCACUGAUUUUUCUGAGCAGAAAUUACAGUCCUUGACAAAAACAGACUCUUUAAAUGAUCUUUGGAUGAUCAAUUUGGUACAUUACCAAAAAAUCGAACCUGCAACUCUGAUUUUUUACGACCACAGAGUACGAGUGUGGUCUGGGACUAGAGAUAGAUCUUCAAAAGUUUCCUUCAGUUUCUGCCAAAUUUUCACUUUUAAUAACUUCAGAGAUCUCUGUCCUGUUGUGUUACCUCAAAUACAGUCCCUCCUAAUCCUUCAGUUUGUGUUUUUCUGUGUUCAGAAGGAGCACAGGAGGCGAGCACGUCACAAUUAGCAGAAGGUCAGCUCCCAGACGGACAGUGGAUGACCCAGUCCUUCGCAGACCAGAUCCCGGACAUCAGCGGUGGACCAAAGGAGGGUGGUGUAUGAGCAGAAGGACUGUGCUGACCUGUCUGGUUUUAGGUUUUUAACCUUUUUAUUAUUAGUGUAGAUGGACUUGUUUAGAGAUUUUGCAGAGAUUAUUUCUGCAGCUUUCAUUUGUUUUAUGGUCUCGUGUACAUGUCUGAUCACCUUCACAGCAGUCCUGUUGAAAAUGUGAAAUCAGGGACUUGACAAUGAGGACGCUGGACUGCUCUGGAGGACGAUCAUGUAUUGAAACAUUUGUACUGUAACAUACUGCACUGUGAUGCAGUAGGUGUAAACAUUCACGUCUACUGUUUGAUAACAGUCGAUGAACUCCAGAUGUUUGUUGGUUUUUAAAGCUGAACAGAUCAGAGUGAGCGGACAGGAUCCUCGCUGAGUUUGGGGAUCAGCAUUAACACACGGACGUUUUCUUUUUAUGGUGCUAUGAACUGACCUCAGUGCAAAGUUGAUCACACUGUAAAAACAGACUCUUCAUUUUCAGAAUGAUGUUACAAAACUCAAACAGGUUUUAUUUUCAUAUUUUCUAUCACUUUAUUGUUUUAGGGUGUUUAGCAUUAUGGUUUGUAUGUUUUGAAAAUGUCAUUUUUGAGGAAUUUUAUGAAACACUUUGUCCAUUAAAAUAUCCUGAUGAUGCUUUUCUAUGUCAUGUCA